AUGGCAGAAUAUUUUUUCACUACCGUAACAUUUUUAGCAAUAUUGCUAUGCAUCAUUCCAGGAAUAUUCCAUAUUCAAUCAAGGAACUGGGGUGCAAUUCUUAUGAUAUUUUGGGUAAUAACGACAAAUACCAUACUAUUUAUAAAUUCUAUACUUUGGGCUAAUGAUCUAGAUGAUAAAGCUCCUAUUUAUUGUUUAAUCUCUUCUCCAAUAUAUGUUGGCGCAAAUUUUGGUUUAUUAGCUUCUAUUUCUUGUAUGAUUCAUACUCUUUACAGUCUUAUUGCACGUCCUACGAUUAUUACUGAGAAAAUGAAAAGGAGACAAGCUAUUAUAGAUUUUAGUCUUAUAAUUUUAGUUCCUAUAGUUCUUACUGGAUGUUUUUAUCUCAUCCAGACAAAUAAAUACGCAAUUAGACCUGUUUUAGGUUGUUUCUCACCAGCAAACGUAAACGGUUUGUUUUUUUUAAUCGAUGGAAUAUGGCCUGUUUUAAUUUCUAUCAUUGGUUGUUAUUAUGCAGCACUUACAGCCUACGCGAUCUUGAAGAAAAAACUUGAAAUUCAAUCUCUUUUGAGACGUAAUGAAUCUGGUCUCAACACAGCAAGAUUCUAUCGUCUCGUAUUUUUUUGUAUCACCUACCUAAUAUUCGCAUUUCCGACGGCACUCUUGAUAUUUUUUAGUAAUCUUGCGAAAUGUCAAUAUAUAACAGAUUUCAGACCUGUUUUUUAUUUUCCCGAAUAUUCGUUUAAUACAAUUCCCAUAUUGCCGUACGGUUUAGCAGUUUUCGAUUAUGUUAAACCUUUAACUGGCUUUUUCGUAUUUUUAUUCUUUGGUACUGGUCGUGACGCUUCAACUGCAUAUAUAAGAUGGGCUAAAAAAAUUCAUUUAGAUAAAGUAUUUUCAUUUUUGAAAGGGAAUUAUGAUGAUUUACGUAGUCAACAUUCAAAAUCUUCAAAAUCCUCUCAAAAUUCUACUGUUCAAAGUAAUGGUCAUGAUUCCUCAUUUCCUGACUCUCCAUUUAAAUCUCCAAAACAUAUUCCUCACCUAUCUGAUUCUUUUGGUGAUGAAAAAGAUGAUAAUGUCACAUUUACAACAACUGUCUCUGCUACUAUCCCAAAACCAAAGAAAGGUUUGGGUAACAUAUUCUUUCUUAGCAGUCAUCGUACACCUACUGAACAAGCUCAAAUUGAUAUGACAAGUGGAAUUCACAUUAGAAUUGAUGGUUUAACUACAAAUAUUAUUGAAGAAGAUAAUGAUCAUUCAAUAGAAGAACCUGUUCCUAUUUAUCAAACUGUAGAUGUAAGUGCUUCAGUAACUUCUUCUUCAACUAUUUAUGAAUAUAAUAAUUCUUUAAAACCUAAAACUGUCCAACACACAAAUAUACAACCUGCGUAUGUUGAUGCUAGUUCAUUAGUACAUACUGAAGAUGGUUAUGUUUAG